AUGCAUCUUUCAAUGUCACACUCUCUGGCUGGAAGCAGUAGUGUGUCGUGUCGAACUGUUGCUGUCACCAUCGCGUCUGCUGUUUGGUUAGUUUUCAACGCUGCUUCGGUCAGAGCCUUAUCAUCUCGAACUCCACCCUUUUUUGAAGGGAACGCCCAGAGAGACCUGUCAACACUACGUGAAUGGGCCACAAAGAAUGGAGUUCGAUUUGCAGAGAACGUAGGUUUUUCAAACUCUGGUGAAACUGAUGGCGACCAAGCUGACUGGGCAAUCUCACUGUUAGAUGAGGAUGUCACUUCUACUGGUAGCACUCUGAGAAAGGGAGCUGUGGUGUUGAGUGUUCCACAGGAUUUGGUCCUGAGUUCGUCAAAAGUUUUGGAUGAACUAGGAGGUAUCUCUGCCCUGCAAAGCGCCUUUGAUUUUCUCGAGGAAGAAAGCUUUGGAGACUUCAAGUCAGAAUUUCUUCUCGUUCUCAAAAUGCUGAAGGAAUUGUCCAAGGGGGGAGAAAGCAAGUGGUGUCCAUGGAUUCAGAGUCUGCCAAAGCACUUUUCUACGGGAAUUUCCUUCGACAAUGCAGAGAUUGAAUGCCUUCCAACCUUUUCUGCCGUCUUGGUUGAGUAUGAGUGCUUGAAGCUUCAGGCUUUCGGUGUCGCAACCAGUAAAUUGGAUCACAAGUGGAUUCCAGACAUUGCAACCAGUGAUGGCAUGGUGAUCUUGAAAUGGGCUUACAAUGUUGUGUACUCGAGGUGCUGGAAGUUUUCAGAUUACCUGGAGGAAUCUGACGGGGGCGACUCUGACAUUGUGCCCAUUGGCGAUCUUUUCAACCACAAGGAGCCAGCUAAUGUGGCUGUAGAAAAUGAACCCUCAUCUGGCUCGGUCGACUUUGUACUCCAAAACAGUGAUACCGGGACGGCUGUUGGUGCCAACAAAAUCAACAGUCUCUGUCUCUCCUAUGGAACGUCCAACCCACACCGAUUUCUUGUCAUCUUUGGCUUUGUUGAUGAAUCCAUGCCGGAGAUUUUUUCUCAAAUCACAUUCCCAAACCCUACGGCCGAUCACAUUGCAUUGGGCUGUGAAGAUCGAUCCAAGAUGGUCUAUGGCACAACAGAUGGUUGUAUCUCCAACGACACGAUACGGAAUUCUGUGUUGUUCGCUCUCUUGGUAUCAAAGCCAGAAGAGCAAAAGGCAUUUGUUGAAGCCCACAGACAACAGAAGCAAUCAGUCAUGAGGGAUUUCCACUCAAAGUAUGCAUUGGAAACUGCAUUGACCUUGAAAAACCAUGUCAGUGCAACACUAGCGGAACUUGAAUUACUUGGAAACCGAAUCGAGGAAGUGAAACGGGAAGACACUCAACAACGUCAACACAGCAAUCUUCCUCUCAUAGAAAAACACAAUCAGUUCCUACGGAGAGUCUUUGGAAAAGUCAAGAAACGCCUGGAUGCUGCUGUCGAAGAAGAAACUCUGAGGCGUCGAACUGCCUUUGCCAAUCAAUAG